AUGCCCUUGUAUGGCUGCGUACGCCUUGGCUUGAGCUUGUUCAUGCCUGAUUCUGGCAGCUCCGGCCCUAUGAUGCCAACACGAAGCUUUGCCAGGCUGGGCCUACCGACGUUAACUUUGGAUUUUUUGCACUUGGGCCUUUCGGCAUCCUUGAGAUCGAUGCUUCACACUGGCCCGGGGCUGUCAGUUUUUGGAAUGGCCUGGCCUGAUGCCUCGCUUUUCGCGCUCGACUUCAUCCAUUUGGAAUUCACGAUCUCGCUGAAGGCUUUCGCACACUUGGACUCCCUUUUGCCAGCAGUAGGACUGGCCCGGUCGGGUCUGUCGCUUUUGAUCCCAGACUUCAUUCAUCUGGACUUGUCCCUGCCUCUCAGAGGCCUUGCGCAAACCGGCUCAUCACCACCAGCAUAUGGCAUGACGAGGCCCGAGCUUUUGACGCUGAUCUCAGACAUGUGCCACCUUGGCUUGCCCUUGCUGCCUCGAUCCCUUAUAUGCCCUGGCCUUGUGGCGCCCGUCUACGGCAUGGUUUGUAUGGGCCUUCUCUUGCCAGCCUUGGAUUUCGUGCACUUGGACUUCAGUUUGCUGCUUCGACACCCCGCGUGCUUCGGCUCACCACCUCCAACUUAUGGGUUUAUGUGCGUCGGCCUUCUGCUGUUGAUUUCGGACUACAUGUCAGUUGAUAGUCCCUUGCUGCUGCGAGGUUACAGCCGGCUGGGCUUCAUGAUUUCCGUCUACGGUAUGAGUACUACAGAGUCCCUGCCGUCCAUAUUGGACUUUGCGACUUUUGGCAGCGCACCUUCUUCAAAGAGCUUCAUGUGCACGGAGCUGCUUCUGCCCGUGUUUGGCCUGUCCUGGCCUGGCUUGUUACUGCCAGCCCCAGAUCACAUUCUCCCUGAACCCGCCUCAUUCCUGCAAAGCUCUGCGCGCCCGGAGUUCUCCCUCUCGGUGUACGGGGUCGCUUGGCCAGGCAGUCUGCCGCUCGUGCCGGAUCAUUUCAGCGUCGGCGUGUCGAUGCCUCCGCAUGGCUUCGUGAGACCCGACUUGCCUCUUUCGGCCUCUGGCUUGUCGCAAUUAGGCCUGAGCAUCUUCGUGCUGGACCGCAUUUCAUCAGGAAGUCCCCUUUUGGUGCAGGCCCCUGUCCGACUUGGGCCUAGCCUGCUUGCGUCUGGCAUGUCUUGGCUGGGAAUUCCGUUGUCAGUGCUGGACUAUGUCCACUCGGAACUUCCAAUGCUGCUCCAAACUCCUGCCUACACUGGCUUGCUGCCGACAGCUUCUGGGCUGGCUCGCUCGGGAAGCAUGUUUCUGGCACUUGACCACACGAACUCCGGAAGCGCACUGCCGAUUCAAACAAUUGUUUGCCCUGGUGCGGCCUUACUGGCCUAUGGCUUGUGCAAGCUCGGCCUGCUGCUGCUGGUGCUGGACCUUCUUACGCUGGGCCUGAUCACGUCUCUAAGAGCCUUCGCCUGCUUUGGCCUGGCAGUGUUUACAUUUGGCAUGACGCGGCUUGGGCUCUCGCCUACUUUGCUGGACCUCGGCCUCUUGCUGCCGAUCCUGGAUUCCAUUCAUCCAGGCCUGUCGCCACUCGUGUUGGACCUCACUCACUUCGGGUUGGUGAUGCUUCCUCGCAGCUUCUUGCAAGUGGGGCCUUCGACGCCGGUCUACGGCAUCGCAUGCUGCGGCUUGCUUAUGCCAAUCCUAGAUUUCGUUCAUUCAGACCUCGUGCUUUUGCCAAGGACUCUUGCUCACGCUGGCCCCAUGCUUUCGGUGUACGGCAUGAGCUGCCUGGGCUUCAGCCUGCUUUCACCAGACUGCGGAUAUUUGGAUGCCUCAUCGUUCCUGCAUUCUCUUGCUUGGUCGGGCUUUUUGUUGCUCGCCUACGGACUCACGAAGCCUGGCUUCCUUCUGCUAGUGCUCGACUACGUGCACAUAGACUCUCCCUUGCUGCUUCGUGGGCUCAGUCGCACGGACCUGCCAAUUCCAGUGUACGGCAUGGCAAGGCCCGACUCACCCUCCCCUGCUUUGGAUCACAUCAACAUUGGCUUUCUUUCGCCUGUGCAUUCGCACGCUCGCGUGGGCUUUCCCCCAUUGGUCUAUGGAGUGACACGCUUGGAAAGCCUUCUGUCUCCUCCUGACUUCAUUACAAUUGGGUCGUUGCCGCUGCUGCGUAGCCUUGCCCAGCUUGGAUCUUUGCCACCUGCCUAUGGAUUGACGCGCAUAGGCUCCUUGUUGUCAGUGCUGGAUUCCGUCGAAAUUGAGUCACCUCUCCCAGCCCAAAUGCCUGUCUGUUUGGGUUCCUUGAUAUUCACAUCUGGCAUCGCCAGAUUGGAGUCACCUUUGCCAGCUCUUGACAUGAUGGCUACAGAAUUAUCGCUAUUCUUGCAUGCGUCCAGUCGGAUGGAGUCGAUGCCCCCUGUCUAUGGCAUGGUCUGGUCAGGCUUUCCUCCUCCUGCAACGGACUUUGUGAAGCCAGGGCUGCUCCUGCUGUCGCGGAGCUACACUCACCCUGGCUCCUUGAUGCCGGUACUUGACUCCAUUCAUCCGGACAGCAGCCUGUCACUUCGGGGACCUUUCUGUACAGGACCUGUGCUGCUUAUCUAUGGUCUGUCAUGGCUCGGAUCGCCGCUGCCAGUUUCAGACUACAUGCACACCGGGUCAUUGCUGCCAGCACAAGGGCUCGCCAGGUCCGAGCCAGUGCUGCUUGCAUAUGGAAUGACUUGCUUGGAUGCAUCCUCCUCCCUCCUCGACUGCGUUCACCUUGGCUUGCUGAUGCUGCUCCGUGCUUUCGCUCGCAUUGGCUUACCGCCAUCAGCCUUUGGUGUGUCAAGGUUGGAAUUGCCCUUGCCGGUGCUUGACCACAUCCAGACUGGGCCGGCCACGCUGUUGCAUGGACUCUUUCUGCCUCUCCGCGGUGCUGCUCGGCCGGGGCUGGGACCCUUGGCCUAUGGAAUGACGUGUUCAGAGCUUUCCUUGCUCACCUUGGACUUGGUGCAUUUGGGUGUUUUCUCGUCGCACCUGCGAAUCGGGCUGACGUUGUCGGCCUUUGGCAUGACAUGCUUGGACCUGAUACUGCUGAUAUUGGUGGGCCUCAUGCCACUUGUCUCCGGCUUGACAAGGUUGGAGUUGUUUCUGUCUCUCCCGGACUUUGCUAGCUUGGGCUUGAUGCUGCCACCCCGUGGAUUUGUGCGCAUGGACCCCUUUCCGCUUGCUUUUGGCAUGACGUCCGAGUCCAUUGGCAUACGGCAUCUUCUGAACUGGAUCCUUCUCGUCGGCCUACGGGAUGAUGAGGAUGGGCUCAUUUCCGUCCACGUCGGAUUACUCCAACCUCGGAUCGGUCCCUUGACAUCGAUCCCUGACGUCACAUCACUUGGCCCAAGUUUGCCUCUCCAUUCUUUUGUCCACCUCGAUGUCUCGCCUUUCGUGUAUGGCUUGACCCGCACGGGCUCUUCACUGCUGGUGCUCGAUCUCGUCCACACUGGUUUCUCACUUUCUGCCAGAGGCCACGCGCGCUUUGACCUACCUCUCCCAACCUUUGGCAUCUCUCGCCUGGACCUGCUGUCAUCCGUGUCAGACGUGGUGUGUUCGGGAAGCCUCAUGUCUUUGCACGGCCUUCUGCGAAUGGGCCUGCUUCUGCCUCUCUAUGGGCUGAGCUGGCCAGGGUUGCCACCUUCGGUUUCGGAUGCCUGCACGCUGGGCUCUCUGUUGCCGCCGCGCUCCCUCGUCUACUGUGGCGCUCCCCUGCCAGCUUUUGGAUUGGUGAAGUCAGGUUCGUUGACAUCGACGUCGGAUCCUGUGUCACCGGGCUUGUCCACGCCACCUAGAACGCCCCUGAGACUCGGCUUAUUCAUGCUCAUGUAUGGAGUAGCGUGCCUGGGCCUCUUUCUGCUGGUGUUGGACCCUGCGGCCCCCGGCAGCCCUUUACCAAUCCGAAGUUUUUUGAGGCUUGGCUUUUCUUUGCCCGCAUCUGGCAUGUCAACGCCCGGCUUGCCUCCGCCACCAUUGGAUCCCUCGACUCCCGAAUCGAUGCUGCUUGCAAGAUCGCCUGCCCGCCCUGACUCGAUGCUGCUUGUUUAUGGUUUGACUCGACUCGGGCUAACCCCUUUGGUGCCAGACUCCGUCCACUCUGAGUUGCCCAUGUCCCUCCGCAGCGUCAUCUGUUUGGGCAGCUCACCCUCUGCGUACGGACUCGUGUGUCUCGGAUUGCCCCUGCUGCCUCCCGACCUUGCGGAUCCCGGCUUGUCCCCCUCUGUGCACGGCUUCUGCCAACCAGGCCUGUCGAUCUUCGUUUAUGGCAUCUCAACACCUGGUCCGUCGAUGCUUGCGCUGGACCUCAUCCAGCCAGAGUCUACAACGUCACUCCAUAGCCUCUUGCGGCUAGAGCCGACGAUGCCUGUGUACGGGAUGAGUUUUUCGGGCCCGUUGCUGUUCAUCCCUGAUUUCAUCAAUGCCGAGCCAUCCAUCUUGCUGCGCAGCUUUUUGUGUUUGGGUCUGUCCUUGCUGGCCUACGGCCUGAACUGCUUGGGAUUGUCCUUGCUGCUCUUGGACUUUGCACACCUUGGCAGUGCUCCGCCCACUCGCGGACUUGUUUGGUUGGGCUUGGUCUUGUCGGCCUAUGGCAUCGUGCGCCCUGAUCUCUUGCUACUUGUGCUGGACUUUGCUGAGUCUGAGCCACUGACACCGACCCGUGCCUUCGCUUGCCUGGACUUGCCAAUGCUGGCCUUCGGCAUCGCUUGGUUGGGCUCGAGCAUGUCUGUGCUGGAUUUCGCUUGCUCGGACAGCGCCUCAUCUUCAAGGUCAUCCGUUCGCCUCGAAGUUGCGCUCUUCGUGUAUGGAUGCACGCAUCUCGAGCCUUUCCUGCUCAUCCUGGACUACGUGCACAUGGGAUUGUUCAUGCCCCUGCAGGUUUCCGCAUGCACCGAUCCAAUGCUUUUAGCCUUCGGCGUUUCCAGGCUGGCAAGUUUGCUGUCCGUCCCCGACUUUUGCCAUUCUGGUUCCAUGACUUCCCUGCACAGCCCUGCAAGGGUGGACUCGCUGUUGUUGGCAUACGGUCUAUGCAGACUUGGUUUUUUGAUGUCUGCACCUGAUCUUGCCCAUCCUGACCCUUCUCUGUUGUCACAUUGCCAUGGAUGUUCGGGGCCAACGCUGUCGGUUUACGGCCUAUUGUGCUUGGGCCCGCUCCCGCUCUUGCCAGACCACGCUCACCCGGACAGUGCCAUGUUACUUCGCGGCUACUCACGUCCCGAACCCAGCUUGCCGGCCUAUGGGGUGAUACGCACGGGCCCGCUGUUGUCUGUACCGGACUUCAUCAACCCUGGCCCGCCCAUGCUAUGUCGAAGUCUCGUUUGGCUGGGCUUCUCCAUCCCAGCCUAUGGCACAAGCCGCCUUGGCAGCCCUCCGCCGACCCUGGACCCCAUCCACACUGACCUGGCAUCGUUUCUGCGUUCCUUUGCGCAGCCAGGACCAUUGCCACCGACCUAUGGCCUGGUUUGUCCGGAGGCGUCACUCCUAACAUCAGACUUUGCAGAAUGUGGCCUGUUGCUGCUCUCAAGAAGCCUUAUGCGAUUGGGUCCAUUCACACCAGCCUCCGGCUUCUCCGCUUUAGGUUCCAUCCUGCUGGUGCUGGAUUUUGUGUCCACAGACUUCACCAUGCUGCUCAGGUCACCCAUGUGCUUUGGUCCUUUAAUGCUUGUGUAUGGCUUGUCCUGGUCAGGCUCCAGCUUGGUGGUGCCAGAUCUUAUUAACUCGGGCUUUGCAACGUUUUUGAGGUCUUCCUUGUGUCUUGACUCUACGCUCCUUGCGUACGGCGUGUCCGUGCCUGGCCUGAGCCUGUUAAUCUUGGACAUGGCAUGCCCGGGACCUUUGCUUUCUCUGCGAAGCUCUGUGCACACGGGAUUCUCAAUGCUGGUCUACGGAGUGUCUUGGCCAGAGCUGCUACUGCCUGCGCCCGACUCAGUCGUCUUCGGCCCAUCCACACCACUGCAGUCCCUCAUGCGUUCGGGCCUCACGCCAUUCGCCUUUGGCUUGGCAAGGUCGGGGUCUUCCUCGUCGAUGCUUGACUGCGCCUCGAUAGGAUUGCCAAUGUUGCCCCACAGCUUCGUCCAAACGGGCCCUUCCUCGUCGACCUCCGGCCUGUCCCGGUUGGGAUCUCCGACGUCGGUGCUGGACCUCGUGAAGAUGGGCUUCGCUCUUCUGCUGCAGUCCUUGGUCCGUCUGGAUGCAUCGCCUCCGGCCUACGGGCUUUCGAAGUCGGGACUCCCACUGCCAGCGCCAGACUCCGCCAACACCGGCUUUCCGCUGUUGGCAUUUGGCCUGGUCACCAUGGGCAGCUUGCUACCCGUCCCAGACUCUAUGAACAUUGGCCCUUCUUUGCCGCCACAAACCUUUGCAUGGUCAGGCCUGCCGCCUUCUGCUUAUGGGCUAGUGCGACCUGACCUACCCCUUUUGAUGCUGGAUUUUGCCACCUUCGGCUCGCCCAUGUCUCUGCAAGCAUUCUGCUGUCUGGAAGUCGCCAUUUCACCCUACGGGAUCAGCUGUCUGGGAUCAUCACUCUCUGCCUUGGACCACGUUCAGGUGGACAGCUUAAUUUCAGUACGGAGCUUCUGUUGCACUGGCCUCCCCCCUUUGGUUUUCGGCUUGACCAGAUUGGAAUCGUCCUCGCCGGCUUCGGAUUCUGUCCACUUGGAGUCAGGCUUGUUGUUGAGAUCUCUUGUGCGUGUGGGCUCCUCGAUGCCCGCCUAUGGUCUAGCACGAUCAGGGUUACCGCCCCCUGCCCUUGAUCUCAUACACACUGACCUAUCCUUGCCUACUCGUACCCUCAUGCGGGCUGAACUCCCUCUUUUGGUAUUCGGCAUGUCCCGGUCAGAAUCUCUGCCUUCAGUGCUAGACUUCAUUCAUCCGGGUCCCAUUAUGCCAUCGCAGACCUUCUGCAGACUCGGCUUGUUCGUAUUUGUCUACGGUGUGGCACGGGUUGGACUGCCACUGUCGGUGCCGGACCUUGUUCAUCUUGGGCUGUUGACGCCAUUGCGCAACUCUGCGUGCUCUGGCUUGCUUUUGCCAGCAUACGGGUUGGCGCGUCUUGCUCUGUUGCUGUUGGUGUCAGACUUCAUUCACCCAGGCAUGGUGCCUUCCGUAAAGACCUCUUCAUGCACCGGCUUUCUGAUUUCUGCGUAUGGCAUCGUCCGCUUGGGCUUCUCACUGUUAGCUCCGGACCAUGCGUCCUCAGACCCGGCCUUGCCAGCCAGAAACAUGGCUCGAUGUGAUGUGUUGCCGCUGAUCUUCGGCAUGCUGCGCUUUGGCCUGCCCUCCUCUAUCUUGGACAGCGAGACCAUGGGCCUUCCUUUGCCCAUGCAAAGUCUUGCAAGGCCAAGCCUGCUGGUGCCUGUGCUGGGUGCAGGAUGCUUCGGCUUGCUGCUGCUUGCACUUGAUCCUUCAGACUCCGGGAGUUUGCUGUUGAUGAGAUCUUUCGGAACGAUGGAGGCCUCAAUGCCGGCAUCUGGUGCAGCUUGCUUUGACCCCUCCAUCUCUGCCUUGGACCUCUUACAGCCCGGACCGAUAACGCUGCCGCAAAGCUUUGGUUGCCCUGGAUCCGUUUUGGCGGCCUCCGGUCAGAGCCGCUUCGGUGCUUUGAUUUCGGUCUUGGACUUCCUACAGCUCGCGCCACCGCAGUCGAUGCACAGCCUUGCACGGCAAGGGCUGCCAUUUCCGGCCUCUGCAAGCAUCCGGCUUGGCUCCUUGUCUCUCUUGCUUGACGGGCAACACCCAGGUUCUUCGGCUUUGAUGCGCAAUUCUGCUUGGCCUGACACCUUGGUACUUUCGUUCGGCAUCGCCUGGUUUGGAGCAUCUCUUGCCGUGUUGGAUUGCGCAAGUCCUGAUCCUACGUCAUCCCUUCGUAGCAUGGCCACCUUCGGCUUGUUGUUGCUGCUCUCUGGCACGCUGAGAAUGGGACUUAGCAUGCCGGUACCGGAUAGUAUGCAUGCAGAUGUCCCGCUUCUGGUGAAGGCCCUUGCUAGACUUGGGUCCGCCCCCCCGGCAUUUGGGAUCGGCCGUUUGGACCUGCUAGCUUUGAUCUUGGGCGUUGCGGAGAUCGACUUUGCGCUGCCGUUACACAGCUCUGGCUGCCCAGGUCCUGUGCCUUCUGCGUUUGGCAUGGGCUGCUGCGGCUCUUCAUCUUUGGUCUUUGACUUCUCACAGUUUGAAGCCCUCCUAUUUGUGCGAGGUUUCGCUCGCACGGGCCCGCUUUUGUCCCUUUACGGCAUGGUAUGUCUCGGAGCCAGCUUGCCGGCACUGGAUUUCAUCAGUGGUGGCUCAGCCCCGUCCCUGCACAGCUUCGCUCUCCUCGACUUGCCCUUCUUUGCAUCCGGCAUCACCAGAUCUGGACUCUUGACGCCAAUGCUUGACUACCUGACACUGGGCUUCUUCUUGUUCUUGCAAAGCCUUGGCAAAACGGAGUCUCCUGUGCCAGCAUGGAGCAUGGCGAGGUCCGACUCACUGGCGCUGUUGUUUGACCACUUGCGAUCGGGCCUUCCCAUGUCCCCAAGAAAUUAUGUGCGAGGUGGCAGCGUGUCGUCGGUGUUUGGUCUGGCCCGCAUGGAGUCCUCCAUGUCCACUCUUGAUUGUGAGCACGCAGGUUCCCCGUCACCUUUCCAAAGCCUGGCACGUGCCGGGCUCGCUUCGCUUGCCUCAGGUCGUGUCAGCUUUGGGCUCUGCACGCCUGUAUUGGACAUGGUUACUUUUGGCUCCCUGCCGCCGCCCCAAUCCCUUGCCCGCCCGGGCUUUGUGUUGCUGCUCCUGGACCAUGUGGCCUCAGGCUCGGUCCCUUUGCUGCAAAGCCUUCAAAGAUCAGGCCCGGCACUCUCUGCCAUGUCACGUGGGCGUUUUGGGCUCUCGGUCUUCCUCUUGGACUGCAUGCAUACUGAGCCAAGCGCUCUGCUACAAGACUCUGCACGUUUGGGGCUCCUGACGUCCAUCUUCAGCGCGGUGAAGGCUGAGCCUUUGCUUCCUCCACUGGACUCUAGCCACUCCGGGCCAACGUCUUUGGCCCGGAGCCUCGGACGGCCUGGCUCUGCUUUGCCAGCCUCCGGCGUGGCCCGGUCCGACUUCUUUCUGCCGGCCUUUGACUUGGUGCAUGGAGGGCCGGCGCUGUCUCCCCGGAGCUCUGCGCGACUUGGCCCUGCCUUCGCGACUUUCGGCCAAAGUCGAUUGGGUUCACCAGUGCUGGUUUUCGAUUGUACAGAACUAGGUUUCACGACAGCAACUUUCGGUCAAACGUGCUACGGGCCGCCUGCACCGGCCUUGGACCUCACCUCAUCGGGGCCGACGUCUUCGGCACAAAGCGUCACAUUCAUGGGGAGCUCGCUUCUUGCCUUCGGCAUCGCGCGUUCUGGGCUCCCGAUGUCUUUGCCCGACUACCUGCAGCUUGGCCCGACCAUGCUGCCACAAAGUGUGGGUCGCCUUGGCCCAAACUUACUGGCUUUCAGCCUGGCUUGCUUCGGGUCCCCUAUCUCGGUGCUUGACCACGAGACCUUUGGCAGCGUGUCGUCGGUGAGAUCCUUGUGCCAGUCGGGUUCAGCCUUUUUGGCUUUGAGCUGUGGCCGCUCUGGCUUCCCUUUGGUCGCACCUGACCUUUUGCACCCUGGCCUCUUCUUAUUGCCGCAAAGCAUGGCUCAUGCAGGUUUCAUGUCAUUGGCUAUGUCCGCGGUGCGCUUCGGCUUGACGUCAAGCUUGCUGGAUGUGUUCAACGCAGGGCCAUCUCCAGCUCUCAGGUCACUUGCCCGUCUUGGCCCUUCUACAGCUGCCACGGGUAUUGUGCGGCCAGGGCUUUUGUUGACAGCGUUGGAUGCAGUGCAACCGGAGGCUCUGCUGUUGCUGCAGUCUUCCAGCCGACUUGGGUUUGUCCUGUUGGCCUUGGACCUUCUGCAUCUGGACUUUGUGACGCUUCUGAAGGAUUCUGUGUGCACGGACUUUUUGGUCUCUGUGCCAGGCAUGACCUGCUCGGGGUCCUUGAUGCCGGUCCCUGACUUUGCCUUUUCUGGCUUCGCCUUGUUGCCGCAAAGCCUUGCCCGACUUGGCCUUGCCGUGUUGGUGUUGGACUUCCUUCGCCUGGGAUCCCCGCCGCUGGUGCGCGGUCUCGCUCAGCCGGGGCUGGCAUCCUUCGCGUUUGGCUUGUCGCGAUGUGGCGCAACGAUGCCAGCUCCAGAUUCCACAUCUCCGGGCGCCUUGUUGGCUGGCCCAGAUGCUUCGCUUUCUGCUUCGGAUUCCGUGGACCCUGAUCUGGCCUCGCCACCGCACAGCCUCGCAUGCACAGGGCUGCCCACGUCAGCCCCUGACUUCUUGCAGAUGGGGCCCUUCUUGUCUGCUCGAAGCCUCAGUUGUCUGGGCCCAGGGGCGUCUGCCUUGGACUUUUUGCACCUUGGGCCGCUGCUGUUCCUUCGUCGGCUUGCAAGGUCUGGAUCCACGUCUUCACCACGGAGCCUCGCGUGCAUUGGUUUGGCCUUUCUUCUUUUUGCUCCGAGCCGGGUGGGCCUCCUCCCUUCUGCACUGGACUUUGUCCACCUAGACCUUUCGCUCUUCAUGCGAAGCCUUUCGAAACUGGGCCCUGCGGUCACAGCACCAGACCCCCUGCGUCCGGGACUCGCCCUGCUGAUGCAUUCAUCCACUUGUCUCGGACUCAGCGUUUCUGUGUCUGACAAAACUCGAUCAGAGUUCCUGCUGCCAGUCUUGGACCCUACUGAUUUCGGAUUAGCAGCUUUCGUGAAGAGCGCUCUCAGACCGGAUGCUUUGCUGUCGACCUUCAGUCGCUCUGUUUUGGAAGUUCUUAUGCUUCUUCUGGACUGCACCACGCUGGGCGUGUCACUUUUGUCACGAAGCAUGGGCCGGCCAGGGUCAGGCUUCUCCGUGUGGAGUGCUGUUCGCAUGGAGUUGAUGCCAUCCGCUUGCGACUUUUUGCACCUAGACUUUUUCGUGCCCGCACGUAGCCUGGCAAGAUCCGGCUUUAUCAUGCCCAUACUGGAUUUCCUGCAACUGGGCCCGACAACGUUGCUGCGAUCUCACGCACGUCUCGAUGUACUCACACCGGCCACGGCUACAAUGCGGCUAGACUUGCUGCCGUCCAUUCUCGAUUGCAUGCAUACUGGUUCUGUGACUUCGCUCCGCAGCUCUGCGUGGUUGGAGCUUACACCAUCCGUCCUUGAGCAUGUUCAACUAGGCGCCUUGCUGCUUUUGAGAGGGCUCAUUCGUUGCGGGUUAACUACCCUAGCUUUGAGUGCUGCCCGCUCCGGCCCGACCUCACCAAUCCUCGACUCUGCGCAGCCAGACCCCUCGCCUUCUCUUCAAAGUGCAGGAUGCUUGGGCCUGACGGUGCUGGUGAUGGGGAUCAGCCGCUUGGGCUCGCCACUUCCUGCGUCAGACUUUGCUACACUCGGACCACCGCCACUUCCGCGAGGAUUUGCCAAGCUGGGACUUGUAACGCUUAUCCUUGACUUUGUUCGAGCAGGGUUUUCUUUAUCAGCACGUUCAAAAGUCCGCCUUGACUCGGCCAUCUUGAUCUCCAGCAGAGCCACUCUAGGCUUGAUGCCGUCUGCCUUAGAUGCCUCGGAAUCCGGCUCCACGUUCUUAGUGCGUAGCCUGGCAUAUCCUGGGCUGGCCUUGUUUGCAUCUGGAAAUGCCAGGUCUGAACCACCUGCUCCAGUACCCGGCUCUGUGGCUAUUGGGCCAGCGCUCUCGAUUCAAAGCCACUCAAGAUCAGGCUUUGCGGUGCCUCCGCUUGACCCUUUCCGUUUGGGUUUCUUAAUGCUGAUACAGGGUCACUCUCGGCCAGACAUGGCACUGUUUGCUUUCGCCGCGACUCGCCUGGAAGUGUUGUUGCCUGUGCCAGGCCACGUUGAACUGGAGUCUGUGAUGUUGGCAAGGUCCCUUGUUUGGCCUGGGCCAGUUCUUUCUGCACCUGAUGCUGCAUACCUAGGCUUCAUGUUACCCCUGCAGGGCAGAACUCACUUGGACUCUGCUUUUCUGAUCUUCAGUCGAAGCCAAUCGGGUGUUCUCAUGCCAGCUUCGGACUCCCUUCAGCUGGACUUGUCAUUGUCACUCCAUGGCCUUGGCUGCUUUGGAUUUGGAGUGUCUGCCUUUAGCUUCUUGGCUUCUGCUUCGGACUUCUUGCAGCUUGAGCCCUCGUCUUCUCCUCGGACACUUGCUCGCAUGGGAUCACCGUCCCCCGUCUCUGGUGCCACCUGUUUGGGACCGGUGUCGUUUGCUUCCGACGAUUCUCUUCUUGAAUUGACACUGCUGAUUCGAUCUGCGGCUCGAACGGGCCUUCCACCGCUGACAUCUAGCAGAGCGAAGCCGGAUUCGCUUCCUCCGGUGCUUGAUCCUGCAGAAGCAGGUUCCGCCACAUCUGUGCGAAGCCGCACUCAGCCCGGGCUGGAGCUGCCAGCGUCUGGGUCCACAUACCUUGGCCCGCCACUACUUGCGCUCGACUUGGCGGAGUUGGGGUCCCCGCCGUUUGCUCGAAGCCGUUCCAGGCUGGGCCCUCCCACAGCAACUUCCAGCACUGCUCGGCUUGAGUCCUUGGCCCUGGCCCUCGACUUCGCCCACCUUGGCUUCACACCGCUUGCUCGCUCCACCGCCCGUUCGGGCCUGGCAGCCUCCGUGUUUGGCGUGGCUGACAUGGGCUUUCUGACGCUGGCACCUGAUUUUCUGACGCUGGGAUUCCUGCUUUUCCUACGAAGCUCUGGGCACUUGGAAGCUGCAGCAUCUGCAUUUGGCUCUUGCCGAGCUGGUUUGCCCAUGCCCGCAUUUGAUCGCGCGCACUAUGGCCUAUCACCGCCUACUCAAAGCUGCGCUGCUCCGGGGCUUGCAGCGCUAACCUCCGGCAUAUCCAGACCGGGGUCCAUGCCAGCUGCGUUUGACAUGAGUUACUUUGAUUCGGUCUUGCCCUUGCAUAGCUUUGGCCAACUUGGCAGUAUGCUGCCGGCGUCUAGCUUCGCUUGCUUCGGAUCUAUCCCUUUCGUCUUGGACUGUUCGGAGACAGGAUCGGGCAUGCCGACAAGAAGCACAGCUCAUCCUGGCCCUGCCUUGCUGAUCUUCCGCUUUGCGUCUUUAGGCCUUCUAACGUCAAUCCCUGACUUCACAAAUUCUGAAUCAACUUUCUCUCUGCAAAGCCUUGGGGCUGUGGGCCCUGUUGUGCCGUCAUAUGGCAGUGCCUGCUUUGAAGCUCCACCUUUCGCCCUGGACUCCACAGCUCCCGACGCGUCCUCGCUGGUCCGGAGCGCGGUGCGCCUUGAUGCUGCGGCUUCGAUCUGCGCCAACGUCCGCCUGGAAGCGGCUAUGCUGCUGUUGGAUUUCAUGCAGUCGGAGGCGCCCCUGCCUUCGAGGAGCCAUGCCUGCUUUGGCCUUGCAGCCUUUCCGUCUGGUGGAGUUCGGUCUGGCAGCUUGUCGCUUAUGAUGGACCCUGGCCACCCAGGCCCCGCUUUGCCGUCGAGGUCUGUUGCGCACUUGGGCUUCUUGCUGUCUUCGUCCAGUGUUGGCAACAUGGAUGCUUCGAUGUUGGCCUUUGAUUUCUUGCAUCUGGGUUCUCUCCUAUCACCCCGUUCAUCCAGCUGUCCCGAACUUCCUGCAUCUGCUUCUGGCCUGGGAUGGCCUGGUCCCAUCUCGCUUGUGUUGGAUUUUGGUCACUUGGGGUUGGCACUCCUGGCCAGAAGCUUUUCGGAGCCGGGCCCUUCCCUGGCUGUCUCCGGACUCGCUUGCAUGGGCCUGAUGUCAUCUGUUCCUGAUGCCUCUUCAAUGGGCCUUGCUUUGUUUCUGCACAGCGUUGCCAAGCCAGAGGCCACAGUUUCAUUGUCUGGUGAGGCUUGGCCUGAAUCCACACUGCUGGUCUUCGAUUCUGCUCAUGCAGGCCCCGCGCUCUCCUUGCGAUCUUUGGGCCGCGCUGGACCGUCGAUGCCGGUCUCCUCGUCAGUCAGGCUUGGCGCCUUUUUGUCGGCCUUGGACACGCCGGGAGUGACUUCCCCAGCUUUUGGCUGGACGCGCACGGGCUUCAACCUGGCCGCUCAGGGCUUUGCCAAGCCUGGCAGCAUCCUUCCGGUUUUCGGCCGGACGCACCCUGGCCUGCCACCCUUGGCGCUGGACCUUGCGCACCCUGGACCGGCACUCUUUCCAAGAUCCCAUGCGCAACCUGGCCUUGUGACGUCUACUCUCGACUUGCUUGCUCCCGGCUCACCGCUGCUGGCACGGAGCUGCGCUCGGAUGGAGCUGUUGCUGUUGGCCUUCAGCCGUGUCGCUUCGGGGGCGUCGCCGCUGGCUUUGGACUUUCUGCACACGGGACUCACAGCGUUGUCAAGGAGCUGUGGGCAUCUGGGCUCGGCAGUGUCGUUGUGGGGCCGUGCGUGCUCCGGUUUGCCGAUUUUGGCCGUGGACUUCCUGCACCCCGGCUUCUUGUUGUCCAUGCAAGGCAUGGGCAGGUGCGGAGCUUCCCUGUCAGUGAUCUCCAGGGUCCAUUUUGGCUUGUCUCCCUUCGUUCUUGACUCUGUUGUCUCGGGUUUCAUGCUUCCGGUGUCCGGCAAGGCUUGGUCCGGUCCCCUCACGUUCGUCCCCGAUUUCUUGACACUCGGCUCUGCCGCAUCUUCCCGAGGGCAUACCAGGUUUGAGUCUCCUGUUCUGGUUCCUGAUCUCCUCCAUUCAGGCUUCGUGCUGCCUUCAAGAAGCUUUGCGUGCCCUGGCCUUACCCCUUCGGCGGUCGACAGAGUCCGUCCUGGCCUCCCGCUGCCUGUCUUGGACCUCCUCACGUUGGGCACUUCGCCAUCUGUACAGUCGCACUCGCGUUCAGAUCCAUCGAUCUUUGCGCCUGACCUUGUCAGGGCCGACUUGCUGAUGGUGUUGCGAGGCAUCGGGUGCAUGGAGCCAUCCCUUCCUGCUUUGGCGCCGGUGAGGCUCGGGCCGAGCCUUCUGGUCCUGGACCUUGCCUUGAUGGGCUCCGUGCUGCUCGCACUGGACCAUGCGCAAUCGGACUUCUUGGCGUUGUCCUCGUUCUUGUCAGUGCUGGACCUCGUUCACUUGGACUUGCCGCCUUCUGUCCAAAGCCCUUGUCCAUCGUCGUCUGCACCUGGCAGAGCGCAGUCUGGGGUGUCUUUGCCUGUGCCAGACUUCCUACACCUGGGCCUUUCCGUAUCCUUGCACAGCCUUGUGCAGUUUGGGCCAUUGAUGCUCGUCUUGAGCUUUAGCCACCUUGGAUCGUUUGCCUUACUGCGAAGCGCCAUGCGGCCGGGGAGUCCGUUGCUUGCCUCCAGCACCUCACGACUCGGCCUUCCCCCUUUGCUGCUUGAUCGCGUCUCCUUUGACUCUCCUGUGCCUAUUCGUAGCUUCAGUUGCGUGGAAACAGCCCUUCCCGUGCCGGACCUUAGCGGCUCAGGACCAUCCCCCUCUCUCCAGUCACCUGCUCUUCCUGACUUGGUCACGCUUGUGAUGGGUGUUUCUCGAUCAGAAGCAUCCCUUUUCGCUUUGGACCCUGUGCUUUUGGGCUUCCUGAUUCCUGCCAGAGGUCAUACCUGUCUGGGCGUGCUCCUGCUUGCCCUGGAUCCUGCUUGCAUGGGGCUGGUACCGUUUCCGCAAAGCUACGUCUGCACUGAGCUCACAGUUCCUGCAAUCGGUUUAGGUCGGCCUGGCUUGACUUCAUCCGCACUGGACUCCGUAGCUUUGGGAUCAUUGUUGCCAGUUCGACACAUGAGCUGCCUGGGUGCAUUCGUGUCCGUGUGUGGAUUGGCUUGCAUGGGCCUCAGCUCGGCGGUUCCUGACAUGAGCAGCUCAGGCUUCUUCUUGUUGCUUCGAAGCUCGACGUGCUCAGGCCUCUUGCCAUUGGUUGCAGGUACGGUACGAAUGGAAAGUGCGCUCUCGGUGUCGGAUGGGGUGUUGCCUGGGUCGUUCACUCCAGUCCGGCAGUUGGCUCGAUCAGCGGCUUCUGUGCCGGUGCUAGGACUGGCUUGCUUGGGGCUGCCAUCUCUGGCGCUGGAUCCCACGACUCCAGGUUUGGUCUUGCCGGUGCGUAAUAUGGCUCAUCCCGAGUUGCUGCCGCCUGUGCCCCGAGGCACCCAACUUGACUUGCCGCUGCUUGUCCCAGACUCCGUGCAGCUGGAGUCAUCCUCAUUGCCUCGUAGCCCCUCUCAUACUGGACUCGUGUUGUCUGUCCUUGAUUUUCUUCAUCUCGGCUCCCUGCUACUGUUUCGCAGCCCCUCUCAAUGUGAUGCCUCUAUGUUGGUCUCAUCAAGGGUGCGUGUUGACCUCUCGCUGUUGGUGCUGGACCGGUUCAUCCCCGGGUUGCCCUUCUCUCUGCAAGGCCAUUCUAGACUGGGCAUGUCCUUGUUGGCGCUGGAUCUUGCGCGGUCAGGCUCCAUGAUGCCAGUCCGCUCACAUGCCCGAGCCGGGCUGACCCUGCUAGCUUUCAGCCUGGGCCGAUUUGGUGCUCCGCCUUUUGCAUUGGACUUUCUCCACUUGGAACCACCCCUGUCAUCGCGAUCACUCACCCAUCCUGGCUUUCCUGUGUCUGCAGUGAACAGGGCUUGGUUUGACAGCUCCCUCCCUGCACUGGACCUCGUAGAAUCCGGAGCUUCGAUUUUGAUUCAGGCGACGACGCGAUCGGGGUCCACGUCUCCCUCACCUGGAAGAGCACACCCUGGCCUCAUCUUGCUUCCAGUGGACUAUGCAUGGCCCGAGUCGGUGCCUUCCGCACGAUCCUUUGCGCGAGCAGGUGCCUCAUUUCUAGCCACGGGAAUCGCAAGGUUGGGAUCCUUGCCGCUCGUGCUUGACUGCGUGCAGCCCGGGUCUUCGCCUUUCCCAAGGAGUUCUAUGCGCGCUGGUCUCAACCUGCUUGCGCCUGACUUCGCCCGACCUGAUGCCCCAUUGUCAUCAAGGUCUCGCGGCUACCCUGGUCUCACAUCACCUGUGCCUGGCAUGUCCAGGUCUGACUUGUUUUCACCUGCCCUGGACUUUCUUCAGGUCGGCUUACUGCUGCUGCUGCAAACACCUGCUUGCACGGGAUUGUUACUGCCAACCUUUGGCAAGACUAUGCUUGGCGUCUUACUGUCAACGCUGGACCACUUGACAUCAGGAAGCCCUUUGUUUCUUCAACACACGGCUUGCUGUGGUGCCUUCCUGCUGGCGUUCAGCUGUUCACGCUCUGAAGUCUUUAUUUCGAUCUUGGACUGCUUGCACCUGGGUUUGUUCUUGCCCCCUCAAAGCCUCUCAUGUUUGGAGUCGGUGGUGCCCGCGCCUGAUUCUGCUGCGUUCGGCCUUAUGCCUUCCGUGCGGUCCUUUACGCGUAUGGACCUGAGUUUAUUGGCCCCAGAUCUCGCACAAUUCGACUUGCUAGCGUUGGCGCAGGCAAUGAUCAGGAGCAUGGCCCGACCUGGACUUUUGCCUCUGGCGUUUGAUCGCGUGCGCUGCGGAUUUUUGGCGCCAGUCUCAGACUUCCUGCAUUCAGAUCCGCCCGCGUUGACGAGGUCGCUCGUAUGUGCCGGGUCCGCUAUGCCAGUCUUUGACGCGGUAAGGCUCGGAUUGUCGCUGCUUACCGUGGACCACACGUUGGCAGGUCUCUCGCUGUUUGUGCAAUCGCUCAGUUGCCUUGGAAGCACGCUGUCGGCUCCAGACUCCUCGCACCCGGGAUUCUCGCUACCCUUGCACAGCACUUGCAAGCUGGGCCUCACUCUGCCAGCCUUCAGCCGUGUCAUGCCUGACCCGCCGAUGUCAGCUCCGGAUCUUUCCCUCUCUGAUUUCGUCCUUUCCCUGCAAAGCCCUGCCUGGCUAGAGCUGACUAUCUUCGUGUAUGGUUUAACUUGCCCCGGCUCUUUGCCGCCAGUGCCAGAUCUCGUUCACAUGGACUUGCCGGUGUUGCUGCAGAGCUUUGCGCACUCAGGGUUUAUGCUGCUGGCCUAUGGCGUGACGCUGCUCGGCUUCUCGCUUUUCGUUCUGGACCUUCUCCACCUUGACUUUACUCCGCCCUCGCGGUCCUUCGCGUGGCCGGGCCUAAGAUUCUUGGUAUUCAGCCGAUCGACUUCCGACUCCUUGCUGUUGGCCUUUGAUCUCGCACAUCCUGGUUUGUCCUCCCCGCUUCGAAGCUUCAUGUGCCUGGGCUUCACCUUGUCGGCAUAUGGCAUUGCAGAGCCUGGACCACCUUUGCCUGCGCUGGAUUUUGUCCACACGGGCUUCUCAUGCUCGCUGCGCAGCCUUGCGCGACUCGGGCCCUCAUUGUCGGCAUAUGGCAUGACAGCUUCAGGCAGCCUGCUGCCAGCAUUGGACUCCAUGUUCCUUGGCUUCCUGAUGUCACUUCACAGGCUUGCUUGCUUCGACCCGUCCACGUCACUCUACAAUCGCCUGCGGCCUGGAUUCAUUUUGUUUGUCCUCGACUUUCUGCAUCCCGGCACAUCCUUGUCGGCGCAUUCCCUUGCUCGACUGGACGUCGCAGUGCUGGUGUCGGACUCUCUGGAACCAGGGCCUCUUCUGUCGAUGCACUCACUUGGAUGUACAGGUUUCGCGCUGUCUGUGCUGGACUUUUUGCAGCUGGACCCAUCGCUGCCCUCGAGAUCUCCCGCACGUUUAGGCUCGACCCCGUCGGCAACGGGUGCCACGCAGCCGCACCUUUCACUGCCGGUUUCAGACUCUACACUGCUGGGCUCCCCACCUUUCCUUCGAAGUCUUGCGUGCUCCGAGGCACCGGCGCUGGCCCUGGAUCUUUUACGGCCGGGCUUGAACCUAUCUUCAAGGAGCCCUCUUCACAUGGAUCCAACCCUGCCCGUGUUUGGAAAGUGCCGUUCAGAGCUACCCGUGCCUGCGCCGGACCUGGCGAAGAUGGGUUCCAGCAUCUUCCUGAGAUCCCUGCUUCGCCCAGACUCAACGUUACUUACCAUUGGCAUUGCCUGGCUGGGAUUUCUGAUGCUCGCGCUUGACUGUGGGCAUUCCGGUCUGCUGAUGCUGCUGAGAAGCUCCUUGUGCCUUGAGUCCUGUGCGUUCGUCUUGGAUCUUGCAUUCACGGACCUUUCAGUCUCCCUCCGCAGCUUCUCGCGUCUCGAGGCGCCCGCCCCAGCGUCAGACUUCUUGCGCUUGGGCAGUUUCUUGUUGCCUCAAGCGCCUGGGCAUUUAGGUCCGGUAAUGUUAUCGCUUGGAGCUUGUUGCUUAGACCCCACGCUCUCCGUGCCAGAUCCCACUCAGCCGGAUGUGUCCGUCCCCUUGCAAAGCCCUUCGAGGCUGGAUGCCCCGCUGUUGGCAUCAAACUAUGCUAGACCAGGCGUGCUCUUGCCAACUCACAGCUUCACACGCCUUGAGCUCCCGGCAUCUGCAAUUGGGCUAAACUGCUCGGGCUUUGUGUCCUUUCUGCUUGUGACUGACGUCACCGACCUUGGCUUUCCUCUGUUCGUGCAAAGUCUCGUGCAUCUUGGUCCCAUACUGCCCGUCCUUGACUACACUCGAUUGGACAGCCCUCUGUCACUUCGAGGCAUGGCCUGUCCUGAAUUGGGAGUUCCAGUGCUGGACCUCUUGCAUCUCGGACCAAGUUCGUUGCUACGAAGCGUUUCUUGCUGUGAUGCGGCGUUGCUGGUGCCAGACUCUCUUCACCCCGGCUUCCCCCUGCUGACGCGAAGCCCUGUGCAUUUAGAGCCUCCUUCACCUGCCCUGUCAAACUGCAGGACGGGCCCAACUUCGCCGGCUUUGGAUUAUGUGCAUGCAGGAAGCCCGCCUUUGGCAAGAAGCCUUUUUCGACUUGGCAUGCUGAUGCUGGUCUUGGAUCUUGUUCAGCCUGGGCUGAUGCUGUUUCUUCGUUCGCUUGUCCGGCUUGAGUUCACGCUGUCUGCGCCAGGCUUGACUUGUGUGGGUUUCGUGUUCUCCCUGCCAGUGAUAGAGUAUGCUCAUUUCGAACUGACGCCGCCUGUCAGGAGCCUUUCGCGGCUUGAGCCCCCUCUUGCAACAAUGGAUCUCGGGCGCUCGGGCCUACCGAUGUUGCCCCGCUCUUGGUCCCGUCUCGGGUUCUUGGUGCCUGCGCUAAGCGCUUGCAGGCUGGAUGCCACACUGCCCGCCCUGGACCUCACUGAGUCGGGCUUCCUUCUGCUACCCCAAAGCUUCAGCUGUGCCGGAUCAGUGCCGCUUGUGUUGGACUCCGCGGAGCUGGGACUCCCCCUGCCACUGCACUCCUUCUGUCGCCCUGGCUUCGUGGUGCUCGUGUCCAGCGCGAGUCGGCCCGAACCUUUUCUGUCAGCACUGGACCACGUGCACUUUGAUCCACCCAUCCCUUUGCGAAGUCUCCCAUUGCCAGUUAUGGGUGAAGUGCGGCUGGAGAGCUUGCUGCCUGCGUCAGACUUCCUCCAACUGGAGGCCCUGAUGGAUGCCUUCACGUCACCUCUUGGAGUGAGCCGUCCCGACCCGCCGCUGCCUGUUCUCGACUUUCUUCACUUGGGUUUGCUGUUGCCGGCACGCUCCUUGGUUCAGCCGGAUGUGAACCUGCCAGUGCUUGACUUCCUACAUCCAGGCUCAUUCCUGCUGCUGCGAGACCACUUCCGCCUCGGCGCGUCUUUGCCGGCCACGGCCGUUUCCAGAUUCGGACUGCUGGCGCCGGUGCCUGACCCCAUAGAGCUGGGCUCAGCGCCAUCUGCACAUAGCCCUUCGCAUUCGGAGGCAACGGUUCCAGUGCUUGGUCACACGCGCCCUGGCUUUCUUUUGUUGUUGCGAAGCUUCAGUUGUCCUGGAUUUGUGCUUUCUGCGUUAGACUUUCUGCAUCUCGGCCUGUUGCUGUUGCUCCGAGAUGUGGGUCAGCUAGGGCCCUCACCGAGCGUCUCCAGUCGUGCGACAUGUGACUCAUUGUCGCUGGCACUGGACUUUCUGCAAUCAGGACUUGUGCUGCUGCUCAGAAGCUAUUUGUGGCCAGAGGUGAGCCUACCCGUUCCUGACUUCGCACACUUGGGGCCUCCGCUGCCACCCAGGAGCUUCUGCUGCUUAGAAUUCAUGGCGCUGGUGCCAGGCUCAACGCGGCCGGGUUCUGUAUCCUUGCCGUCGGCCACUGAAAGUACACUUUUGGACCCCUCGAUGCCUCCUCGGAGCUUUGGACGUGUUGACUCCGUCUUGUUGGCCUUAGAUUUCUUGCAUCCAGGCGUGCUGCUGCCCUUGCAGUCCCUCCACUGCACUGAACCCACAACCUCGGCCUUUGGGGAGGUGUGUCUAGGCUCAUCUCUCCCUGCACUGGACCUCACAGUUCCUGGGCCGCCCCUCUUGCUGCGAAGCAUGGCUCGCUCUGGCUUCAUGCUGCUGGUGCCGGAUUCCCUGCAAUCAGACUUUUCACUGUUGCCGAGAUCCUUCGUGCAACUUGGAGCUUUGCUGCUGGCAACGAGUAGCGUGCACUAUGAGCUGACGCUGCUGGCUUUGGAUCCUGUGCAUUCGGGACUUGUAAUGCCUGAGUAUGUCCUUGCGAUCGGAAGCCCUGCUUCGAUUUACCAGAUGGCGCGCUUCGAUGCUUCGCCAUCGGCCUCGGAUUAUCUGCGCCCGGGGCCUUUGAUUCCUCCACGAAGCCUUGCCAAGCCUGGCCUGCCGUUUUUGGUCUCCGGCACCUGCCAGCUGGAGCUGUCCCUCUUAAUCUUGGACUUUACGGACUUGGGAUUCGUGCUUCCUGUGCAAAGCCCUGCUCGUAUUGGCUUGGCCUUGAGCGUCCUGGAUUUCAGCAUGCUUGACUUAUCGGCUCCAUCCAGAAGCUUCGUUUGCCUGGGCUCUGCAGCUUCCGCCUCGUCUUCUUGUCGCUUGGGCUCCAGUCUUUUGACUCUUGACUCUGUGCAGCUGGGGGCUUCGACCUCCACAAGAAGCCUCGGGCAGCCUGACCCGCUCGUGCCUGCACUCGAUCUUGCUCAUCCGGACUUUGCACCCUUGAUCCGAUCUUUCGUCUGA